CCUUAGGCAAAGUACUUACCUUCUUCGUCACAAAGCUUUUCCAAACCAUGGCUCAAACCCCAUUUCUUCUGUUGUCAAAUUUUCAAAGCUUUUGGCCUUCUUUGGUUGUCAUAAUCACCUGCUUCACCAUUAUGAUCAAAACCCUAAGGUCUAACUAUAUCCAGACUUAUUCCAAGAAACAAAAGCCGAAGCUCCCUCCUGGACCCAAACCAUGGCCCAUUGUAGGCAAUCUUCCUGAAAUGCUUGCAAGCAAACCUGCUUAUAAAUGGAUACAUAAUCUCAUGAAACAAAUGAACACUGAUAUUGCAUGUAUCCGCUUAGGAAAUGCCUAUGUCAUCCCAGUCACAUGUCCCACCAUUGCUACCGAGUUCUUGAGAAAACAAGAUGCUACUUUUGCAUCAAGAUCACUCAGCCUGUCCAGUGAUCUCAUUUCUAAUGGAUAUUCAACAACAAUUUUUGUGCCCUUCGGUGACCAGUGGAAGAAAAUGAGGAAAAUCAUAACCCACGAUUUGCUUUCUCCACACAAACACCUAUGGCUUCACGACAAAAGGACUGAAGAGGCCGACAACCUUAUGUUUUACGUCUACGACAAGUGCAAAAUGGUGAAUGAUGAUGGUACUUAUGGCCUUGUGAAUGUUAGGAAUGUUGCAAGGCAUUAUUGUGGCAACCUCAUCAGAAAAAUUACUUUCAAUGUAAGGUAUUUUGGGGAGGGUAGAGAGGACGGAGGAGCCGGUUUUGAAGAAGUAGAACAUGUUGAUUCCAUCUUCGAUUUGCUCAACUACAUUUAUUCCUUUUCUGUUUCUGAUUAUAUGCCAUGCUUGAGGGGACUUGAUUUGGAUGGCCAUCAGAAGAAAGUGAGGGAAGCUUUGAGGAUCAUCAAGAAGUAUCAUGAUCCCAUCAUUCAACAGAGAAUCAAACAAUGGAAUGAUGGAUUAAAGGUUGAUGAAGAGGACUGGCUUGAUGUUCUCAUCUCUCUGAAAGAUUCCAACAAUAACCCAUCGUUAACAUUUGAACAGAUCAGUGCACAAAUCAUAGAAUUGAUGAUUGCAACAGUGGACAAUCCAUCCAAUGCAUUUGAAUGGGCACUUGCUGAGAUGAUUAACCAACCUGAGAUACUGCGCCGAGCUGUCGAAGAAUUGGACAGUGUGGUAGGAAAAGACAGGCUGAUCCAAGAAUCAGACAUACCUAAGCUCAACUAUGUGAAGGCAUGUGCCAAAGAAGCUUUUCGUCUUCAUCCCAUGGCUCCUUUCAUUCCUCCCCAUGUCUCUAUGAGUGACACUGUUGUGGGGAAUUACUUCAUCCCUAAGGGUAGCCACGUAUUGCUAAGCAGACAAGAACUUGGAAGAAACCCAAAAGUGUGGAAUGAACCCUACAAGUUCAAACCUGAACGCCACCUCAAGAGUGAUGCAGAUGAUGUGGUUUUGACUGAACCAAAUCUGAAGUUCAUAUCAUUCAGCACAGGAAGACGAGGUUGUCCCGGAGUGAUGUUAGGAACGACAAUGACAGUGAUGCUGUUUGCUAGAUUGCUCCAUGGCUUCACUUGGACUGCACCACCCGAUGUUUCAACAAUCAACCUUUCUGAGUCAGACGAUGAUAUUCUUCUUGCACAACCACUUCUUGCCAUUGCUCAGCCAAGAUUACCACAAAAGCUAUAUCAACUCUAAAUUAAACCCAAAUUUAAUUUACCUAAGCGUUUAUAUUUUAUCAUGAAAUAAAUGGAGUGUGAAAUAAAAAAUGUAAACGUCUCUCUUAUAGUGUAAAAAAGGACUCAACUUGGUUUUUAACUGUGAGUCUCUUUGUAUUAGUAUUUCAGAAUCAUGUUAUUCUCAUCUGAAUAA